GUGCUUUGAUGCAUUUUAAUCUAGGCACGAGUGCUUCGAUUGAAGUUGUGGUCGAUGUUACAAAACUCAACACGUCGGUGUUUAAGCGUGUAUGGUGGGCAUUCAAACCGAUAGCUGAUGGGUGGCAACAUGCUCGGCCAGUUAUCAAUAUUGAUGGUACGUUCUUGAAAGGAAGAUAUAACGGGAAAUUAUUAAUUGCAAUGGGAUCUGAUUCUAAUAACCAUCAAUACCCACUUGCUUAUGCUAUAGUCAAUGAAGAAACAACUGCCAAUUGGUCAUGGUUUCUACGUCGCCUUCGUAAAUUUAUAUGUCGAAGUAGAACGGGAGUGUGCAUAAAUUUUGACCGUCAUGCUGGAAUCAUUGAAGCAAUGAAGAAAGAACAAAAUGGCUUCAUUGGAGACAUGGGUAUACAUCGUUUUUGUCUCUACCAUGUCCGUAGUAAUUUUAGUUCGGCUUAUCCUGGAUCACAUUUGAAGAUGUUAUGUUGGGUGGCCAGAAAUAAUAGUCAAGUGAGAAAAUUCGAAGAUGCGAUGAGACAAAUCAAAGAGCUUAAUCCCGAUGCUGAAAAAUGGUUACGAAAUAUUCCAUUAGAGAUGUGGACUAUGUCUCACGAUGGAGGAUAUCGUUACAGUCAAACAACAACAAAUAUGGUCGAAAGUUUCAAUGGUAUCUUAAGGUCUGCUUGUUUUCUUCCGAUCACGUCAAUGGUGGAAUAUAUAUAUUAUCGCUUUGUAAAACUUGUUGCAGAAAGGCGUACUCAAACUUUGAAUGAUCUUCAAAAUGGGCAUACUUAUUGCAAUAUGUCAAGAAAAUUAUUUGAAAAUAUCGAAAGCAAGGCAUCAGCACACACAGUUAUUCCAUACAAUGAGCAAACUGGAAUCUUUGAGGUGACUACUGCACGUUACAGAACUAAUAAUGGUUUUUGGAAAGGUGGCAAAGAACAUAUCAUUGACCUAUGUAAAGGUUUUUGUUCUUGUGGAAAAUGGUGUCGAUAUCACUCUCAAUGUUCACAUAUAGUUGUUGGUUGUAUAGUGUGCAAUCUCGAUUGGGUUAAAUACAUCGAUACAUAUCACAAUCUAACAACACUUUCUGAGAUGUGGCAGUAUGAUUUUCACCCCAUACCUAAUGAAUCAUAUUGGACGUUCCCAAUAGCACAUGAUUGGGAGAAAUAUGGUAAUCUUGUUCCCAAUGAAAAUUUGAGAAAGAAGAAAAACCAACGAGGUCAAAGCCAGUGUAUUCGAACCGAAAUGGAUAACCCACGAAGAACCAUCAUUUGUGGGAGGUGUAGCCAAGAAGGUCAUACGAGACGUAGCCAACGUUGUCUUGAGCAAAAUCGUCAAUAA